AAUUAUUCACACGCAGACGUUCUCGACGAUCGGACCAAAAUCCAAUAAUUUUAUACGACCAGUAACCCCAGUUGGGUGACAAAUACAGUUUAAAAAUCCUGAUAAAUAGUGCUCUAGGUGGAAUUCCACGAAAAACACCUCGUCGUCAUUAAAAAAAGGGGAAAACAUAAGGCCUUUGUAUUUGUUGAAUAAAAUAGUGGCUUGUCACUCUGAGGAGAUCAAGUUCAAAUGGUGAAAUAAAAACAAUGAUAAGUCAGUGCAAAUGAAUUGCAAAAAGGCACAAAAUAAGCAAAAACUGAUUUUCUAAAAUUCAAGGACGUUCUAAAAGCAACAAUAUUAAAAGGCUUAAAGGGCUUACUUUUUUUUUAUAAACCACCAAUGGAUUACUAACUAAGACAUAAAUAUUAGAAAUCUAUAAACUUUAAAUCAUGCAUCGUCGAGGCGAAUAAUUUGUGAUAAAUUAUAGAAAAUUAAAAAAACGUGAUUGAAGAAAACGUUAAAACGGCACAACCCAGUGAGCACAGAUUCAAUUCUAUGUGUUUUGUAAUUGAAGAAAGGACAGUUAUUGAUGUGUUAAUGCUGCCAAACAGAUAGUUAUCAGCGCCAUUCUAAAAGUCAAAUUUGAGUGACAAAAAAUUAACCAACAAAGUAAUUAAAUUUACAAACCCAUUUCCGAAAAAAUAUCAAACAAAGAAAAUGGCGAAAUACUUUAUUACUCUGGUGCUGUUGGUGUGCCUGGCCUUGGAGAAUAAUAACAUUUACAAUCGCCUGCAUGCCCGAUCGCAUCCCAGCUCCCGUGGCGACAUCCUGCGUCCGCACCCCAAGCACCAGCCACAUCCUCUAGUGCAGCACACCUCUCAGCAGCUGCAACAGCAGCACCACAUCCGCCAAAAGAGAUCAAGGCAGUUGAAGCAUGCAGAACCGGAUCCAACCAGCGAGGAGGACGAAGCACCGAUCAGCCAGGAAGAGUACUACGCCAGACUGAGGCGACAUGUCCUGCAUCAGCAGGAGCACCUGAUGGAGCAGGAGCGUAGCUACAACCACCAUGCCCCGGAGCACUUGCCGUUGCCUCAUCUGUGGCAGCUCCUGCUCGAGCAGGACGAAAAGGACCACCGCAACCAAAACCCAAUCGAGAGCGAUGACUAUCCCCGCAUGUUUGGUGAUGCCCCCCAAGUUGCAUCCUCCUCAUCCGACGAUCUAUCCGAUCUGGACCUAACUCCUUUGGAAUUUGCCCGAAAUGAACUAAUGGCAGAGGAUCGCAGGCACCAGCUGGAAGAGGAGCUGGAGCAGAAGCACGAGAAGGACCAGGAAGUAGAGCCUGAGCCACCAGUAGUACCCGAUGCCCAUUUGCUGGAGAAAAAUAUCACCAUUUCAGUAAAGUCCAGCGGCGGCGGCUGUCCCAAAUGCGAAAGCAAUCGCCAAGUAGAGCACAUCACUGAGGAGCAGCUAACCCACCUCCGCAUUGAGUUCGUGAAACAGCAGAUCCUGGAGAAGCUACGCCUUAAAGAAAGCCCAAAGGUGGCUGCCGUGGAGCUCCCGAAACCCAUUUUCGAGGGUGUGACUCUCUCCCAUCCUGAUGACUCCACCAAAAACAAGGAACUCGACGAUUAUUAUGCACGAACCAGCAAAAAGUUUAUACUGCUUAAUAGAGAGCAUGUUGAAUGCCAGCGCAUGGGUUCGAAGCCGUCAAUGUGCUUUAGUUUCAAGAUCGAUGAUCCGAAUACCGAAGGAUUCGAUGUUAGCACCGCCGUUCUGUGGCUCUACAAGAACAAGCAGAAUCGCACCGCAGUGGUUGAGGAAGGUCCCCAACUGAACAGCACCCAGAAGCAGCAGACAAUCGUGGUCUCUGAGGUGGAGGUGGAGCAACAGGAAGACUCCAAGUAUUUGCCAGUGGCCAAAACCAUUGCCAUUCAGUCGGUGGAUGCACAAGAUGAGUGGAUGAAAAUCGACAUCGAAUGGCCCAUCAAGCGCUGGAUAGGCAGCCACGAACUGAGCCAUCUCAUCCAUAUAUCCUGCGAGUCCUGCGACGUCAGCAGCAUGGAGGAGAUCAUUUCGGUGGACAAGGACUAUCGACCAUUCAUCAUGAUCGAUACGCAGAGCCGGCGAACGAAAUCCCGCCAGAAGCGAAGCAUUAAUUGUUCCAGUGGCGUUACCGAGUGCUGUCGGGAGCAGCUUUACAUCUCCUUCAAGGAAAUCGGCUGGAGCAACUGGAUCCUGCAGCCGGAGGGCUACAAUGCCUAUUUCUGUAGAGGAUCUUGCAGCUCAGUGGCGAGCGUAACGCAAGCAGCCUCCCAUCACAGCUCCUUAAUGAAAAUUCUAUCGACAAACAAUGCAAACAAGUCGCUAGAGUUGGUGCCUUGCUGCACCGCCAAACAGUAUUCCUCGCUGCAGCUGGUCGUGAUGGAUUCGAGCAACACGGCCACGUUGAAGACCCUGCCCAACAUGGUAGUGGAGUCGUGCGGCUGCAGAUAGUCGGUGUCUGGACCAGAGAUCUACACUAGUUCCGCUGGCUAUCAACCAACUAACAUAUCGGACAAAUUAGACGUAGCUUUCACUCCAUUUCACCUAGAGUUCAGAUCCAUUUCUCUUCAAUUAAUUUAAACUCAUUUUCCAGGCAUUUACAUUAGUGUUAUUAAAUUAAUGAUAGUUAUCCUAAGAGCAUGCGCUGCCAUUAGUUUUAGUUGCAAUUAAUUAAUGCCUUAACAUAAAGCUAAUGUAAAAGGUACUUAAGCGCUCGAAGUAUAUAGGAAGUUAGCCACUAGCUCAAAUCAGUUAGGAGUAAUAAUAGUUAACUAAAAUUAGUUGGAUUGUGAAGUAGAGCGUAUUUAAUAUUUGAUGAUGAAAAAAGUAUAGAAAAAAUAUAAAUAAAACUCUUUUGAAAAU